AUGAAUUCCUACAAUAAUAAUACAAAACGUCAAGUUUUGUCACUUUAUUCACGUAUUAUUCGUCUUUCAAAAUCUUGGACAGCAAAAGAGCCAAAAAAUACUUGUGUAGAGCGUGAAUAUAUUUUAUCUGAGGCUCGAAACGAAUUUAGAAAAAAUAUUUUUGAGACAGAUCAACUAAAAAUUAAACAAUUAUUGGACGAAGGAAAUAAACGAGUUGGAAUUGCUUUACAUUAUGGAAUCCCCUAUGACCGACCAGAAUAUUUACCUCCCUCAACCUCUUACGAUGUUGACCUCAAAUCAAAAACUUUUAAACAACGAAAAUCUAAAAGCUCUCAAUGGGAUAACGUCUCUCCCACCACUUUUUCAAAUAAAUUUGGAGCAAACUCUAAUUGACCGACUCCGUCCAUUUAUUCGUUGUUUUUUCUCUGAUUUAAAUAUUCGAGAGGAAAUUAUUGAAAAUUUUGUUUUGGCUGUGAAGGAAUAUAAAGAGUUGAAUUUGGAUGAUAUUAUUUUUAAUUCGCCUGCUAGAACUGUUUUUCCUGGAAGAAAAAAUAAAUUAAAAAAUUUGUGUAAAUUGGCAAUA